CUGAUGACUCUCGUGGUAACAUCAUGUGCUUUUAAUUUGGGCUCUUCCACUCAGAUGCCCGUCAUUUACGUAUUAAAACAACUUGGACAACCUGGGACAUUGGGAACAUUAGGAAGUAGAUCUUGAAAUUUAAUUUCAAAUGGAAUUAAAAAGUCCCGAUUUUAAAUUGUUUUAGGAUGAAGGAACUCUGUAUUGAGUUUUAAAAUCAAAACAAUGAAUAAUCUGUUGGAAGUGUUUCCCCAUAUCUCUCAACACCAGCUUGACAUCACCUGGAUCUGACUCCACCUUCAAGCUGUAUAAAGGAGGUUGAAUCAAUUUCUCCCUCAAGAGGGACUCGGCACCGACAGCCGAAGGGAUCUCAUAUCACCUGCGAAGCAGCGCACAAUCCGACACACAGAGGGCCUUCUCUCCCCAAACGAUGGCCUCUUCCGGCGUGGAGAUCCUGGGCCUGACGCUGGCCGUGGCGGGCUGGCUGGGUGUGAUGGUGACAUGCGGUCUUCCCAUGUGGCGCGUGGCCGCCUACGUGGGCCAGAACGUGGUGCUGUCUCAGGUGAUCUGGGAGGGCCUUUGGAUGAACUGCUCGGUGCAGAGCACGGGUCAGAUGCACUGCAAAGUCCACGACUCCAUGCUGGGGCUGCCCCGGGACCUCCAGGCAGCCCGAGCCCUGGUGGUGGUCUCACUGGUGCUGGCUGGAGUUGGCGUGGCCCUGGCCACAGCAGGGGCUCAGUGCACCGACUGCAGCGAUGACGUGAGGGGAAAAUGGCGUGUGGCGGCGGCCGGGGGGCUCUCUUUGACACUGGCUGGGGUUCUGACGCUGGCGGCCGUGUCCUGGACGGCUCACGCCAUCGUGUUGGACUUCCACGAUCCGCUCAUGGAGCAGACGGGGAAGCGUGAUUUCGGCAAUGCGCUCUAUUUUGGCUGGGCCGCCUCAUGCCUGCUCAUCCUGGGGGGGGCGCUGCUGUGGUGCACCUGUAGCCGUCGGACUGACAGGGGGCCCAUCCAGUUGAACUACUCGGCUGUUUCUCGGCGUGGAUAUGAUAGACGAGACUACGUGUGAUGAACGUGUGGCCAAUGUGACCAGCGGGGGGCAACGGGCAGUGGGUGAACAUUUGAAGGAAAUUUGACCUGUUUUUUUUUUGGGGGGGGGGGUUGCUAGGUGUCUGUGGUGAUGGGUGUCAUUGUUUCCUUUUAUAUUCUAUGUCAGUGGGGUACGAGUGCCUUUUCAAGAGGUGGACCCAAUUUCAAGUGUAAUAGUGGUCUGGGCAAAUAAUAAACAGUGAUGCCUUGAGCUAAUUGC